CACUUGAAAGGGCCACCGUACCUGCCUGAGCUGGCACAAGACGGGGAUCUUAUUAUUGGGGCCAUUUUUUCAUUCCGCACAGGGCAAGACUAUGCUGUUAAUACAUUUGAAGUAAUUCCAAGUGUGAGAAUGUGUAAAAAUUUCAACUUUAGGGAAUUUAAAUUUGCACAGACGAUGAUAUUCACCAUCAACCAGAUUAAUGAAAACCCAGACAUGCUCCCUGGCGUGAAACUGGGUUACAAAAUUUAUGACGCCUGUGGAACCAUGGACAUUCUGGGAGCUGCGCUAUCACUGGUGAGUGGCAUCCAAAGAGAAUUCAACAUCGAAAACUGCUCAAAAAUUGAGACAGUGCAAGCCAUCCUAGGACAUUCAGGAUCCAGACCGACCAUUGCAUUUGCACCGGUUGUAGGACGGUUCCGUGUUCCAGUGGUCAGUCAUUUUGCCACUUGUGCCUGUCUCAGCAACAGAAAAGAGUAUCCGACCUUUUUCAGAACAAUUCCCAGUGACUACUACCAGAGCCAAGCACUGGCAAAGCUUGUCAAGCACCUGGGCUGGACCUGGAUCGGAGCCAUUGCGGUGGAAAAUGAAUAUGGCCUCAAUGGCAUCGCUGCUUUCACCCAGGCUGCAAACGAAUACGGAGUGUGCAUAGAGUAUUCUGAUACUUUCUCAUCAUCUGGUCCACCUGAGGAUCUGCAGAGGAUAACAUCCAAAAUCCAAAACGCUUCUUCCAAAGUUAUUUUGGCCUUUAUGUCUCACAGAGAAAUUAAAAUGUUGGCACAGGAGCUGUACAAGCUGAACGUCACAGGUCUGCAGUGGGUCGGCAGCGAUGCCUGGAUUACUGAUCACUCCCUAACUGACAGCGAGGGUCACAGUGUCCUUUUAGGGUCGCUGGGCUUCACCGUCAGCAGGGCUCAGAUCCCCGGGCUGGAGGAACACCUGAGGGGGCUCCACCCUUCGCUGUUCCCUGACAGCCAGUUUCUGCUAGACUUCUGGGAGGAUGUUUUCGACUGCUCCCUCAAACCAGCAACUGGGGGGCAGAAGCUCUGCAGCGGCCUCGAGAGCUUGCGAGAUGUAGAGUCAAAAUUCACUGACGUCUCUGAGCUGAGGUUCACCAACAAUGUGCACAAAUCUGUGUAUUCAGUGGCCCAUGCACUUGAUGCCCUACUCAAGUGUGAAGAAGGGAGAGGCCCCUUUUCUAAUGGGAGCUGUGCAGAUACUACACACAUUGAGCCAUGGCAGGUCCUGCAGUAUCUCAGUUCAGUGAACUUCACCACUCCAGGAGGUGACAGAGUAUAUUUCGACAAAAAUGGAGACUCACCAGCCAGAUACGAAUUGGUCAACCUGCAGAUAACAAACAGAGGAACCAUGGAAGGAGUGACGGUGGGCAUUUAUGAUGCUUCCCAACCUGACAGCCACCAGUUCAUCAUGAAUAACAUUCCAAUGGUGUGGGGGAAUGGACACUCUGAGGUGCCCGUGUCAGUGUGCAGUGAGAGUUGUCCUCCGGGAAGCCGCAAGGUCCUCCAGAAAGGACGUCCAGUGUGUUGCUAUGACUGCAUCAUGUGUCCUGCAGGAGAGAUCAGUAACUCCACAGAUUCUAUACACUGCAUGAAAUGCCCGCCGGAGUUCUGGUCCAACGAGCGCAGAGACACGUGCAUCCCAAAAGAAAUUGAGUUCCUGAAAUAUAAAGAAAUCCUGGGAUCUCUUUUGGCCUUGUUUUCGUUGUUAGGAGUGUUCCUGACCACGAUGACAACGAUAGUCUUUUACUGCCACAAAGAAACGCCGCUGGUACGAGCCAACAACUCGGAGCUGAGCUUCCUUCUGCUCUUCUCCUUAACCUUGUGCUUCCUCUGCUCUCUGACCUUUAUCGGCCGGCCCACUGAGUGGUCCUGCAUGCUGCGCCAUACGGCCUUUGGUAUCACAUUUGUGCUGUGCAUAUCCUGCAUUCUUGGGAAAACCAUACUGGUCUUAAUGGCGUUUAAAGCUUCGCUCCCAAACAGCAAUCUCAUGAAGUGGUUAGGACCCAUGCAGCUGAGAGUGUGCGUGGUGGUCUUCACUCUAAUCCAGGCAGUCAUAUGCAUACUUUGGCUAUCUAUUAGUCCUCCUUUUCCAUUUAAUAAUAUGAUAUUGUAUCAAGACAGAAUAAUCUUAGAGUGUCAACUGGGAUCCGAUUUCGGCUUCUGGGCCGUUCUGGGCUACAUUGGAGUUCUGGCCAUUUUGUGCUUCGUCAUUGCUUUCUUAGCUCGAAAGCUGCCUGAUCAUUUCAACGAAGCUAAAUUAAUCACCUUCAGUAUGUUGACAUUCUGUGCAGUUUGGAUUGCCUUCAUUCCUGCUUACAUUAGCUCUCCUGGCAAGUUCACUGUGGCAGUAGAGAUAUUUGCUAUCCUGGCUUCCAGUUAUGGAUUGCUUUUUUGCAUUUUCAUGCCCAAAUGCUUUAUAAUAUUGUUUAGGCCUGAGAAGAACACUCGGAAACACAUAAUGGGAAGAUCAUAUAAUAAUACAUCUUAA